AUGGCCUCAUCGUCGGCAACGAAAACCGAAAUUGAGGAUCAGAUCCUUCAAAGUGCGUCUUUUUUCGGAAAUCUCUUUAAAAACGUGUUUCAGAAAUAUCGGUGCUGUUCGAGGAGACGUUCAGCAAGCCGCCGCCCUCAAACAUUGUCGAAUUAUGGAAAGAACACGUGGCAAUUCGGCGGACACUCAACGAAGUUUCGAGUCUUCAGGUCCAGAUCAGCGAAACCGAUAAGCAGUUGAAUAGCCAAGUGUUUGUUAAUUUCCCAUUGAAAAAAUCAAAAUUUAUCAAUUUAUUCAAUUUAUUGGUUUUCCCAAGUUGUCUUUUGAAAAAGUUAACUUUUUACAGUUUUACCACAUGAUUUCAUUGAAAUUCUAUUUCAGAAGAGACGCAGAAACGAUCAAGGCCUUUUUAACGUGGUCCGAUUCGAUCGGAAUCGCCCGGAACAAUGUGACGAUCGGAGAAACUGAAUUCGCCGGACUUUCCCUUCAGGCCACGGGGUAAAUUUAAAUGGACAAUAAUUUUCUUCAGAAUUUCGCUCUUUUCAGACCGAUACCAAACGGACAUGUGGUGGCUCGAGUGCCACGUCACGCGAUGAUAACCUUGGACAUGGCGAGGAAGUCGCCGAUGUUGCGGAAGGUGUUCGAGUGGGAUCCUCUGGUCUCCGGAAUGGACAACGUCGGCUUGGCCCUUUUCGUCGCGGGCCAGUGGCUGAACAAGCCCAACACCAAGUGGAAUUCCUACCUUUCCAUCCUCCCCAACUCGUUCCCCACUCCACUUUUCUACACGGAAGAGCAGUUGUUGCAGCUGAAACCGUCGCCGAUCUUCGAGGAAGCCAUCCACUUUUUCCGCACUAUUACACGACAAUUUGCCUACUUUUUACUCGCGAUCUCCAAAAAUAGGUUGUACGAUCAGGCGCAGAAGAAGGAUCAACGGAAUACGGAAGUGCCGCUCUACUAUAACAGCUCGUUCACUGUUGCGAAUUUCACACCCACGCUUUACUUUUGGGCCGUCGGAGUAGUCACAACGCGCGUGAAUAUGGUGCCGAGUGAGACUGCCACAGGAGAAGACGGAAAACCGGCUAUUGUGAGUGCCUAGAGUCAGACAUUUGAGAAGUUAGACUACAUUGCUUUGAAAUUCGUUCAUUUUCCUUACAUAACCAGUUCAGAUUCCCGCCCUGAUCCCCGUGCUCGACAUGGCCAACCACGAAAGCUCGGAUAACCCGAUCGACGACCUCGUCUGUUACGCUCCGGAUGAGGAAUGCGCGGUGAUAACGAGUCAUUGCGACAUGGAAGCGGGCCGCCAGGUGACCAUUUUCUACGGAGCACGCAGCAAAGGGGAGCACCUCCUGCACAACGGAUUCGUGCCCGUCCAUCACGGAAAGUUCGACGUGCUGAAGCUGAAAUUCGGAAUUCCGAAGACGGACAAGGCGUUGGCGACGAAACAGGAGCUCAUUCGGAAGCUUGUCGCCAGUGUCGAGGCGUCUGCCAACAUUUAUCAUGUCGAUCUCAUCGAGGUUGGCCUCAUUUUGAUGUUUAAAAUUGCAAGAACAUGUUCAGGUCGUCGAGCAUCCAUUCCCAGAGGAUCUUAUAAUUUUCGGCGCUAUUUUUGUCACUCCGGAGCCGACGGAAGAGGUACAAUUUUAGGGAAAUCUCUUGAAAAUUGAGUGUUUUUCUUCAAGUUGGUUUCGACGACAGAAGCGCGCAAAAAAGGCCUGGAGUUUCUGAAAACCCGUUUCACACUGCUCCGGAGAUCCUACGAUACGGCGUUCGACGCGUCGAAUCUCGACAAAAUGUCAAUUGAGGGAGACACGGCCCGUCUCAAAUCGGCCGAGUUGCAAAUUUUGCAAUUAGCCCUAAACCAUUGCGAUGUUCUCGAAAAAACCAUGCAAUAA